GCGUCGGACGAGGCACUGGAGUUGGCCGUUUUUCUUUUUUGUUCCGUCUGAGACAUAAUGCCUGUAGGGGAACUCGCAUGGCCACUGAUUGUUGCAGUCCUGCACCUUUCGGGCAGUCACCUUCUGUGAGUUGUAGAAACCUUGUCUACUGUGAGACGCUAGGUUUCAUUGGCGUCGUUUUCCUCGCUUUUGUCACUCUUGCGUUCUUGUUGUUCCUGUCGUUUUUACACUUGUCAUCUGCAUGCAUGUGUCGUCUGUUCCCCGCCGCUCUUUGCUCGUCUCUCCAUGGCCAGCGCUCGCGCAGUACCAAUUAUUGGAGUUGAGUGGAUUAUGGCUUGGCACCCCCCUUUUUUUUGUGUCGUCAGAUCUCUCGGCCUCUUUGGUCACGUCCGCUCGGCCGUGUGGCAGUUCUUUUCUCCUGUGCCGAAGUUCUCUUUUUUUUUUUUUUCUGGGCUUGAACAUUGUCAUUCCUUUUCCUUCUGCUUGGCUUUGUCUAUUCGCGGGCCUCGUGGUGGUGGUCCAAGCCAGCGGCGCAGCGCGGCCCGAGCACGCGGCGCCGCCCAACCUUAAUUUCGGUGGGCGGAUGAACCUCUGGGUCCCGAGAACACAAGGAACAAACGGGGCACCAAAACCAAGCCCAGGAAUGGGACGACGAUGAAAGCCCCAAAAAAACAAAAACAAAAACAAAAACAAAAAACAAAACACCAAAGAAAACACCAAAGAAAACACCAAAAAAAACGAACGCACCAAAAAAAAACAGAGAAACUCAACACACCC